AUGGAGAAACUCAGUGACAAAAUAAUUGAGGAAAUCAAAGAUUUUGAAUACGAUAAUUUAACAGAUGAACAAGAAUCAUUAAUCAAUAGAUUAAUAUUGAACGAGAAUUUGAAAAAAUGUUAUAAAGAAUACGGUUUAUGCGAAGAAUGUCAACAACCUAAUACUGGUAGUGAAUGGUGUCAGUCGUGCAAGGCGAAAAACCUUGAUGAUAAAAAUUCAGUAUUCAAUAAGCAAUCUAAAGAAGCAGAUGAAUCCAAUAAAAAAUUAUCAGCUAUAUCAUCCACCGAGGAUCAUCCUAUGUAUAAAGCACAUCCCCAAGCAGUUUAUAUAAGCAGGCCUUUGAAUUUUAAUAAACUUCCAGAAACGAAAAACGCUAAUAAUGUAGAGUUCGAAGCGGGAUAUUCUGAAAAGGGAAAGGUUAAUGUUACAAAUGCCAGUUCUAACCCGAGAUUUUCAUCGCCAGUAUCAUCAUCACCAAGGAUACGAACCGAAUCUAAUCCGCAACAGACAAAUAUUAAAGAUCAUGAAAAUUGGGUGGCUAAACAGCAAGAAAGAAUAAGCAUUCUUCAAAAAAAUGUGGAAUUGCAAAAACAUUUACGUGAAUUAUCAUUGAAUAAUGAUGAUCAUGAAAAAUGGAUGGAACAACAACAACAAAGAAUCGACAUUUAUCAACGACAAAUUGAGUUCCAAAAACAGCUGAAUGAAUUAUAUUUGGCUAUUCCACAGCUGACAAAUGAUGAAGAAUAUGAAAAAUGGAUGGAGCGACAGCAAGAAAGAAUAAGGGUUCUUAAAGAACAAGUGGAAUUGCAACAACACCCAUAUUCAUUAUCGGCUGCUUUUCGAUAA